AUGGACAACAAAAAUGGAUAUUACACAAUUGUUGCACCAUCCACCAUACAAUCGGGCCUGGAUUAUGCUGUCACCAUAACUACUUAUCAAAUUCUGGAACCUGUCACCAUUAAAAUAACAAUCGCUGGCCCUACAUAUUCCGAUUUUAAAACCAUUCAAGUCCUACCAUGUACAUCGGAAAUUGUAAAUUUCAAAAUACCCGCAUUUCUGCAAGAAGACCAAGGCCAACAUAAAUUGCUAGCAGAAGGGAUUGAUGGCUUAACAUUCAAAAAUGAUGCAACAUUAUUUGUGGCAAAUUAUAAAUCUAAAGUAUAUAUACAAACCGACAAAGCCAUGUAUAAACCCGGUGAUUUGGUACAAUUUCGUAUUUUGGCUUUGGAUGAAAAUCUACGGCCAGCCAAACUUCAGCAACCGCUUAAUUUUGCUAUACGAGAUGGUGCCGGAAAUCAAAUUAAAUAUUUAAAGGACAUCGAAUUCUCUAAAGGUGUCCAUAGUGGAAAAUUCCAGCUGUCAGAACAGCCAGUACUGGGACACUGGCAUAUUGAUAUAACCAACGGAGUGGAAAAUAAGGACACAGCUCAUAAACAAUUUGAAGUUGCGAAAUAUGUUCUACCCAAGUUUACGGUGGAAAUUGAAACGGAUGAAGAAGUUGCAAUUUUAGAUAAAGUAUUGAAAAUUACAAUAAUCUCCAAAUACACCUAUGACAAACCGGUGAGCGGCAAAGCAACAAUAACUGUUAACUUGCCGAACGUGUCGGAAAAAGUCCAAAAGACACUUGACAUAAAUGGUAGGGGUCAGGUUGAGUUCGAUUUAAUGGAAGAUUUGAAAUUAGAUCACUUUUAUGAUCAUUAUAUGCCCCAACUCAAUGUUGAAGCCACUAUGACUGAAGGCCUUACCGAUUUACAGCAGAGUACUACGGUCAACGUGAAUGUUAGACUUUCACGUUUUAAAAUUACCGUGCCGAAUAUACUCAGCGAAUAUGAGGUAGGUAAACCAUUCGAAAUUAAGGCAAUAAUAAAACGGCUUAAUGGCUUACCAGUAACUAAUGCCAAAACGACAGCAAAACUUUUGCUUAAUCGUCAUAGAGGCGCGUUUCAUGGAAGCGGUUUAAUUUUUGAAAGCUCUAUCAAUCAGUAUGGAAUUGCUGAAUUCCAAUUGAAAUUUUCCAAAGCAAUCGAAUUUGGUAGCGUGAGAGUUAUGUACGAAGAAGAAAUGUAUGACUGUUCGGAAUUUAUAGUGGUAGAUGAAAUUGGAAAAAUGCCCACUACUACUGGAUUAUAUUCGUAUUCGAAUAAACCAUUGAGAAUAUGUUCCACGACCAAAGAAUUUCAAAUAGGUGAAGAUUUUACACUCGACGUGGUAUCGCAAAAACCAUUAUCCUAUUUGGUCUAUACAAUAAAGGCACGUGGAAAAAUUAUCCAGAAUAAAUAUAUUCAUAUCGAUGAACAAAAUCAACAUCGAUAUAAACUGCAAUUGAAAGCAACAUUCGACAUGGUUCCAAAGGCCGAUGUAUUUAUCUAUUCCAUUGAUGAUGGUAAAUUUUAUUGCGAUGAGACCACUAUAAAUAUUUGUAAUGAAUUCGAAAAUAAGCUUGAAAUUAGCGCACCCGAACAGGCUAAAGCAAGUGAUGUCGUCAAUUUGGCAAUCAAAAGUGAUCCUGACUCAUUUAUUGGUCUUCUGGCUGUUGAUCAGAGUGUUUUGUUGCUGCAGUCCGGCAAUGAUUUCGAUAAAGAUGCAAUUUUUAAUGGUUUAAAUUGCAAUGAAAGGCAAUUACAUGGAUUUAAUUCUCCAGGAUGGAAAUCUUGUUUGGUUACAAUGACAAACGCUUCAUCUCCAGUUGUCCAACCUCAGUAUAGAUGCUUUGCCCAGCCGGCAGAUAAAAAUAGCACGGAUUCUAAUGGCAUAGCAUCCUUGAGCAAAAAGAUUCCCGAUACUAUAACAUCAUGGAUUAUUACGGGAUUUUCAAUCAACGAUAAAACCGGAUUUUGUUUAACUGAUGCUGCAACCAAAAUUCGUGUUUUCCAACCAUUCUUCUUAAGCACCAAUCUCCCGUAUUCCAUUAAACGUGGAGAAAUCAUUACUGUACCCGUAACAGUAUUCAAUUAUAUGGACCAUGAUUUGGAAACAGUGGUCACAAUGGAUAAUGAAGAUAAUGAUUAUGAAUUUGUGAACGACACCUCCGAAGGCAAUGAACUAACUAAAAAAGUUUGCGUACCCUCCAACGGGGCCGAAACGUUGUCAUUUACAAUUAAACCCAAAAUUGUCGGUGACAUAAUGUUAAAAAUCAAAGCUUUAACUCCUCUGGCCGGUGAUGCUAUGCAUCAGAAAUUAAAGGUAGAGCCGGAAGGUGUAACCAAAUACGAAAAUGAAUGUCAUUUUAUUAGCGUACCAAAGGGUCUCACUGUAGAAUACAAUUUGAAAGCUAAUAUUCCCAAAGAUGUGGUCAUAGAUUCGGAAUAUUUGGAAUUUAUGGUAGUUGGAGAUAUUUUGGGUCCCACCAUUAAGAAUAUCGAUAAAUUGGUACGCAUGCCAUACGGUUGUGGCGAACAGAAUAUGAUUAAUUUUGUACCGAAUAUUUUGGUAUUGGAAUAUUUGAAUGCCAUUGGCCGUGAUAUGCCAUUGUUGGCUCAGAAAGCCAAGAAUUUCAUGGAGGCUGGAUUUCAAAGGGAAUUAACAUAUAAACACAGAAAUGGCGCAUACAGUGCAUUCGGUGAGGGUUCCAGUGAGCCGAAUAGCUGGCUAACCGCCUAUGUGGUGCGUUCGUUUAUGCAGGCGCGCAAAUUUAUAACAAUCGAUAAUAGAAUUAUUGAAGAUGCCUUGGAAUAUUUGGUGAAAACCCAAAAAGACAAUGGACAAUUUCCUCAGACAGGGCAGCUAUUUCAUUCAUCAAAUCAGAAUGAGUUGGCAGUAUCUGCCUUUAUUUUAUUGGCAUUCCUGGAAGAUAAGGAUUAUGCCAUGAAGUAUAAAUUGCAAAUUGACAAGGCAAUACAAUAUCUGGCCGAGCACGCUGAAAAUGAAGAUAACAUUUAUACCUUGGCUCUGCUGUUAUUGGUAUUCCAAAAAGUCCAACAUUCGCUGACAACAAAUAUUAAAGAUACAAUUCAAUCUAAAUCGCAAUAUGAACCGGCUAAAUUAUUGCCCAUUAUCAAAUGGCUAAUUGGGCAACGUAAUAAUUUGGGCGGUUUCAAUUCGACACAGGAUACCGUUGUAGGACUCAAAGCUUUGGUGGCAUUUGCAGAAAAAUACAAAACAGCCGGUAAUGGUCAAGUUACAAUUAAAUUUCAAGGUUUUGAUGCAGAAGACAACGAGACCACAUCUGGCAAUUUCCAGGUGGACAGAGACAAUUGUUUGACACUGCAAAGUCAUUUGCUGCCCAAGUCAACACGUAAAAUUCAUAUAACUGGCGAAGGUGAUGAUGGUUCGGCAUUAAUACAAUUAUCCUAUCAAUAUAAUGUAAAUAAUGAAGAGUGCAAACCCAGUUUUAUAAUUCAACACACAAUGAAAUCAUCUGCGAUGCCGCCAAAUAUGCUAUCAAUGAAUGUUGUUGCUGAAUACAAACCCCAAUCCGAUGACAAGGAUGAUCCUAAACAAUGUUCCAAUAUGAUUGUUAUGGAAAUUGCUUUACCAUCGGGAUAUGUUUGUUAUAAUCACAACAUGGAGUCAAUUCGUAAACUUGCCCAAGUACAACGUGUUGAAACCAAAAAUGAUGACACUAUUAUUGUUAUAUAUUUUGAAAAAUUACAUUCCGGAGAACCCGUUUUAAUUGAUAUUUUAGCUGAUAAAUCUCAUGAUGUGGGCAAAUUAAAGCCAGUGCCCAUUACAAUUUAUGAUUAUUAUAAUGCCGAUCAGCGGACAACUGUAUACUAUGAUGUAAAUAAAUAA